UUGGGGCGAUUGACAGAUUGGUUGUUUAAAUAAUUUUAAAAGAUUAAACUAAAAUCUGUUGAGUAUUCUCAUAAUAAAAUCUUGCAUAAUGGAAUUCAAUUUGGAUGGGUCUGGUAACGAUGUUAAUUGUUUAUUAAAUAAUUUUAUGGAAAGUGAUAUUUUGGUUGAUGACGUGAUCCUGGGUAUUCCAGAAGAGAACGAGUAUACAGAACUCUCUCCUAGUCAUUCAUCGGACAGCGGAUACAGUGGAAUGACCAGUCCUUGCUACUCGGUGACCAGUGAAGAAGAUGGCGACGUUUCUGUGAAGAAUGAGGAAAUGUCUCUGUUCCCAGACACCCUGGACCAGGAAAUCGCUGGAUAUCUGUCCAGUGACAAUUCUAACGAUUGUGUCGAUAUUGUUUCGAUAGCAUCGCGUCAACUAACCACACCUGUGUGUGAUUUUGUGUCUGAGCAGGAAAAUGUUCCAAAUGUGGCAAUAACUGUUAAAGCCAUUUCUCCUUUUGAAGUACCAAAAAGAGAAACACGAAACUCAAAAAAGGGAAAAGUGAAAGCUCUCUCAGAAAAUGACACAAACCAACAGAAGGUUCAAAAGACUGUAGGAAAGAGGGGGCAGGAUUUGAACACCACGAGACUGCCACCAAUCAAAGUAAUUAAAGUCAUUAAAACGCCAGCAGAUAGUUCUCCCAAGGAAACGCAGGAUCAAAUUUAUGAAGCAAUGGAAGAAAGAAAUCGUAAAAAUGCAGUCCAGGCCAAAAUUAAUCGUGAAAAGAAGAAGGCUUACAUCAAGAACUUGGAAGAUGAUGUAGAACUAUUAAAAUCAGAGAACAAGACAUUAAAGGAGAAUUGUGACAAACUUCAGAUGUCACACAAAGUGAUGGAAGAAGAACUCGAUUACCUGAGAAGUGUCCUGGCCAAUCAGAGUGCUCUCUCAAACCUACUUCAGAACAUUCCAAAUGUGAAAAACGUGGAACUUUCCUCUUCAUUCUCAAGAAAGAGGCAAUCUAUUGAUAGAGAUCAUGACUAUCCUACAAAUAAGCGACCAAAGUCGGUAUCAGCUGGAGUUUGUCUUCAUGUUCACCAGGAUAAAGUGUCUCUGGAAUUCUGUGCUAAAUGUUCUAGUGCUGCUGCCUCACAUGGAGAAAAUGUGUGAAACCUUGUGAUGUGUGAAUGAGCAACUUGCCCAAAAGUGCAUAAAUCUACCAUGGGAUGGCCAGUCCCAAUUAUGGUGGUAUAAUGUAUCAAAACUUGGCUCAAAUCCAAACAGCAUAAUAAGGUUUUAAAAUGGUUACUUAACUUUUGUUUAUUUCACUGUUCACUUUGUUAUGCUUGGUUGGAAUUGGGCCACAAAGUAAAUUUUCUGUAAAUAUUGGUAACUUUGACAAAAAAAAAGAGAACAAAAAAACCCCCUGACUAUACUACAGAUCCAACAAGAACUUUCAAGUGGAAGAGGAAACUUUUUUGUAACUUUGAUUAUUGUUUUUUUUUCACUCGUUUUAUGACAAGGUUUAAACAAUUACUAAUGAUUUACAAGUUUCUUUACAGAACAGUUUGGAUUUGCACAUCCCAUCCAAGCUGAGAUCUGAAGUCACCAUCCACCAGACCACUUACCAAAUUUGAGAGAAAUUGGAAUCGUCCUGAAAGAGUUACGGGUCCCAAGAACAUCCUUAGUAAAGGCUGGGUAGUAUAAUGUAAACAGGUAGUAGGUUACAGGUACUGUAUGGGAGGUCAAGCGAGGGUUAAAGGGCAUUUGGGUAUUAUGGGAAAGAUGUUACUUCUGCAUGAUAUCAAGUGAAAACUAUACAUUUUUGAAUGUAUUAAAUAUGUAGUCAACAUAUUUUUCAUAAGAACAUUUAGUAUGUGUUUUGUAUACAUUCGAUGAAGUGUAAUUUGUAAAUAUUUUUUCAUAUUUGACCAUACUUGUUUGUAUUCUUGCUCUUCAUUUUUAAGGGAAUAAAUGAGUUCCUAUGAUUA